GAUCACAGUUCCUGAGGUUCGAGACUCACCCACUGUUCCUCGUACAGCUAUGGCCAAGCAGUUCUGGGCCGCCCGUCUUUUCCCACUGUUUCUAGCUGCCUUGGCUCAGGAGACUCUGAAUCCUCAAAAAACAAAGGUGGAUUGCAACAAAGGGGUGGCUGGCACCAUCUAUGAGUAUGGAGCCAAGACCCUGAACGGUGGGGAGUAUGUUCAGUUCCAGCAGUAUGCAGGAAAGCACAUCCUCUUUGUCAAUGUGGCAUCCUUCUGUGGCCUGACAGCUACUUAUCCUGAACUGAACACAUUGCAGGAGGAGCUGAGGCAGUUCAAUGUCAUUGUUUUGGGCUUCCCUUGCAACCAGUUUGGAAAACAAGAACCUGCAAAAAACUCAGAGAUCCUUCUUGGACUCAAAUAUGUGCGUCCAGGAGGUGGCUAUGUCCCCAAUUUCCAGCUCUUUGAGAAAGGGGAUGUGAAUGGAGAAAAUGAACAAAAGUUUUAUUCUUUCCUAAAGAACUCCUGCCCUCCCACCUCUGAACUUUUGGGAUCUUUAGAAUAUCUCUUCUGGAAUCCCAUGAAGGUCCAUGACAUCCGCUGGAACUUUGAGAAGUUUCUGGUGGGAUCUGAUGGGGUCCCUGUCAUGCGCUGGUUCCACAUGACUCCUGUUAGCACUGUCCAGUCAGACAUCAUGGAGUACCUAAACCAAACCCAUACCCGAUAGGAUAUGCUUUACAAAUAUUGUCUUUGCUCCACUCCAUCACCAGCCUCCAGAUGACCAAAGCAUACAACACUACCUGUGUCCCUACUAAUGCAUGUGUGAACAGCUCUGUAUGAAUGUAUACAGAAGGGCAUCUGUAGUAGGCAUGUACAUGCAUUGAAAAUUAAGUCAAAGAGAAUCUAUUUACCCAAAUAUCUGACUCUGCUAUAUCAAGUUUUCCUAAUCUAUUCCAAAAGGAAGUCAUAUUUUAGAGUUGAUGAUCCAGACAAUCCCAUUCAUCUAAAAAAGCAACCUCUCAAAGGUCCUACUCUAUCUGUCAUUCACUGUCUCGAUGAGUUAAAAGAAGUGAAAAUGGGUAGCAAGAUCCUUUGGGUUCCCUUCCCAGCCUCCUCUCAAGCUGGGCAUGUUUUGUCAAGCUCUUCUGUCUAGCCCCCUUGGUGGCACAUCAUCCUGUAGUUUUCUUAGGGAAUUCUGAAGGCUGAGAGUAGAA